AUGUGACAAAACCAAGAGAAUGCAAGUAAUUACCGAAGUUUUAGAUCAAAUAUCCAAAUCAACUUUCACAAUGUGUACCAUCUAAAAAAGCUAAGCCAUUUUUCUCCUUUGAAUUCUUCAACGAACGUUAACAGCACCUUCAUAAUAAUUCUUGGAAUCUAUACUCUUGUAACACAAUCAGAAGCACUCUGUUCUCAUCCUUACACAGAAGAUGAUGAUGGGGGAACUAUGGCAACAAAUGGGAUCAGUAAUGGCCACAAUUGUGUUCGUAUACACAGUUUUUGAGAAGUUUUUCCCACCAAAUCUUCGUGACCGUGUUCAAUCCUACACACACAAGUUAACAAGCCACUUCUACCCUUACAUCCAAAUCACGUUCCCGGAGUUCACCGGGGAAAGGCUGAAGCGCAGCGAGGCCUACACAUGCAUCCAAACGUACCUCAGCGCAAACUCUUCCCACACCGCCAAAAGGCUCAAAGCCGAAGUCGUGAGAGAUAGUCAAAAGCCGCUAGUUCUUAGCAUGGAUGACAACGAAGAAAUCACCGAUGACUUCAAUGGCGUUAAGGUUUGGUGGGCUGCAAGCAAAACAAGCACCAAUUCGCAACCGUUUUCGUUUUCGUACUAUCCUCCGCCGGACGCUAAGAGGUAUUACAAGCUCACGUUCCACAAGAGUCACCGCGAUCUCAUUACUCUCUCUUAUAUUCAUUAUGUUUUGCAAGAGGGAAAGGAAAUCGCCUCUAAGAACCGUCAAUUGAAGCUCUACACCAACAAUCCUAGCAGUGGUUGGUACGGAUACAAGUCAACCAAGUGGAGCCAUGUGAUUUUCGAGCACCCUGCAAGUUUUGAGACUCUGGCAAUGGAGGAGAAGAAGAAGGAAGAGAUCAUAAAGGAUCUUGGGAAAAGCUUGGAAGAGGGGUUACUUGCUGUACGGUCCUCCAGGGACUGGAAAGUCAACAAUGAUAGCGGCCAUGGCGAAUUUCAUGAACUAUGAUUUGUAUGAUCUUGAAUUGACGGCGGUGAAGGACAACACUGAGCUUAGGAAGCUGCUAAUCGAGACGCCGAGUAAAUCGAUCAUUGUGAUCGAAGACAUCGAUUGCUCGUUGGAUCUUACAGGACAGAGGAAGAAGAAGAAGAAGGAGAAAGAGGAGGAUGAAGAUCAAAAGGAUCCUAUGAAGAGAGCACAAGAAGAAGAGAAUAAGGGAAGUAAGGUAACGCUUUCGGGGCUGUUGAACUUCAUUGAUGGGAUUUGGUCUGCGUGUGGAGGGGAGAGGAUUAUAAUCUUCACGACGAAUUUCAUCGAUAAGCUUGAUCCAGCAUUGAUAAGGAGGGGAAGGAUGGACAAGCAUAUUGAGCUUUCUUACUGCGGUUUCGAAGCGUUUAAGGUUCUUGCAAAGAACUAUUUGGAUGUUGAGACUCAUGGCUUGUUUCCGGUUAUUGAGAGGAAGUUGGUUGAGACUGAUAUGACGCCUGCUGAUGUUGCUGAGAAUCUUAUGCCCAAGUCUGUUGAUGAAGGUGUUGAGGAUUGCUUGUUGAAUUUGAUUAAGGCCCUUGAGAUUGCAAAAGAAGAAGAAGCAGUAAAAAAGGCUCAAGAAGAAGCAAGGAAAAAAGAAGAGGAAGAUGAAAAAGAAGUAAAGGAUAAAGAGGUGAAGAACAAUGAAAAAGCUAGUGAAGAUGUGAAAGAAAAUGGUUUUCAUUGAGGCAAUGGUAAAUAAAGAGAAUUUGAUUGAGCUAAGCUAGAUAGAUUCAUAUGCUUUAGUUUCCAGUUAUACUAUUAGGGUAGGAAAAUCUGCCAUUUUAAUCCUAUUGUUAUUAAUUAUUAUUAUUAUAUCUCUUCUCUGCUAAAUAACAAUCAUGCCUGUUUCGUUGGA